UCCAAACCAGCAGUGUUGUUGGUGUUGCAGCGAGCAAGCAAGAAGCAGACGACUCUCAUUCCUCGUAGUGAGUAACUUAUGCAUCGAGAUUCGGGAGCAAAAUCUCUGAGACUAGGAAUACAGGAUGGCUUUUGGAAACGUGGUCGUGACCAUUGAUGCACAGAAGCGCAGCUGCCAAUGGACGUGCGUCAGUCGCCCGCUAUCGUUCCCCGUCUGCUGCUUCUACGGUUGCAUCUCAUGGUCGCUAGUGGUCCAUCCCUCUUCCUACUACAUCCCUGCCACAGCAAUGCUGGGCAAGUUGAGGAGGAGUCCUGGUGAGCUUCUCACAUCGGAGUGGGGUCGCGUUGACGUCUCUCCAAAGCUUAUGCUCGUCAUGUUUUCUGAGUACUUCUCGAUUGCUUCUCAAUGUGUAGGUUUGGUUUUACAUGAUCGUCUUUCAAUGAGUUUGUAUGAUUUGUUCCGGAAGCGGUUUGGGCGACGAUGAUUUCUUCGACUGGAGCGUGUUGAUGUAGAUGAAGGUCUCGAGAGGCUACAAUUGAACUCUUCGGGAGCAGGUCUUGAUCAAGUUAGGAACUGCGAUUCUCGCCGUCUGAAGGCAGAAACCUUUGAAGGUCGACCUCCAGUUCGGGUACUACUUUGCAGCGGUAAGCAACUGACUCACGAUAAUACAAUAUUUCCGCAAGUUGAAAGGGUAUCGUCCAAGAGCAAACUAUGAAGCAGGUCGAGCACGGCAGGGUAUUUUAGUGUCAAGCCGGUUGUUGCAGUUCUGUCGACACGCAAGCACGUAAUUCAUCGCACAUGAUCAAAGCUUAGAAGCUGCGAGGGGAGGAAACUCGCUUGCGGGAGAAGGAAUUUUGUUGUGUCAAGGAGACAAAUCUGGUGAGUUGCGAAGAUGGCAGCAGUGACGGGAUGGAUUCCAAGGUUUUCAUUAGGCGACGUUGCAAACGUGGGUCAAUUGACUGGCAUCAACGCUGUGCAGUUAAUCUCUAUGAUUGUCCAAGCAGCGAACAAUGCUCGAAUGCACAAGAAGAAUUGCCGGCAAUUUGCUCACCAUUUGAAGCUGAUCAGCAAGCUUCUAGAACAGCUCAACAUAACAGACCUCAAGGAACGACCCGAGACGGGGGAGCCCUUGGAACUGUUCGAGGAAUCGCUGCGCAAGGCACUUGUGCUUAUCGAGAGUUGCCGCGACAAGAGCUACUUGUACCUUUUGGCCAUGGGAUGGACGUAUGUUAACAAGUUUCGAGAUUAUCAGGACGAAAGUUGUCCCGCCAGCUAUCGAAACGCUAUCCAGGCAUACCGAUCACACAGGCAUUGCGGAAUGAGAACGAGAUGUUGCGGCAAGAACUCCAGCGCUAACGGGCUUGUAUGGAGUACGAUUAUGCGCUCGUGGUCGAGCAGCUUAUUGAGUUCACAGAAAAUGAACCUGCAAAACUGGAGAAGGCAGCUUCAAAAAAGUUUUUCUAAAAUUAUUGCAGUGAUUGGCCAGUGUUCUCCAGCAGGUGCACAUGACAAGGCUGCAGGAGUUCAGAAAGUCGACCUUCAUUGCUAGAUUCUCUUGUAAGCAACUUCAAGCGGCCUCCUUCUCAGGAAGUAAAUUAGUAGAGAGGUUUCAUUUAUUCGUGAAACAUUUCUACUUAUUGCCACAAUUCUAUCAAGAUGCGGCAUAGUAGACAUGCUAGCUUUUUAAUAUUUCCAAGUAUGCUAGAGGUUGUGCAGGGAGUUAGCACGCUUGUAGUCCCCACAUCUUGGUGGCGCCUGAGCGAUUCACAUCUUUAGGUCACCAGGUUAUGAAGUGACAUAUCCAUGUGGAUGAUGCUUCUUUGUAAAUAUGCAAGACUCUCUCUUGUUUAUUGAAAGAUGAGCAAUCGACUUGUCGUUUUAGUGGCAGAUUUUCUGUAUAAACUGAACUUCAUUUGUUCA